AUGAGGCGUAUACUAGCGGUGAUGAGGCAAAACAUUGAGAAUAUGAGGAAGAGUCCUAAAGUGGCGGAUGAAAACAUGUUUGGAGAAGGAAAUGGAACCGAGUUCCCAAUUAUAGGUCAUCAUACUACAAGGCAAGGGCGAAAUGGGCUUUCUCUAAUACAUAGCAUAGUUAAAGCGCCGCUCUCACUUGUAUCGUGUCUAUCUUUUCAUAAUGGUACUACUACUACUACUGCUGAUGGUGUUUGGGUUUCGGGUGAUCUCACACGGAUAUCAGAGGUGAAUCAUCUUAUGGUUAGUGACAGCAUGCGCUACGCUAUUUUGAUGUAA